AUGAGCAAAUCUCUCCCAAGCCCUCGUGAUACUCGUCACCAAGACAUAAUUGUGGAAGUGGAUGAAGAUGCCGACAAUUCUUAUGAAUUCUUAGAGCAAGAAGAAGCACAAGGGCUUGCGUUCGAAACACCCAACCGAAAACGUAAAAGACUCUUACAUCACAGCGAUUUGAUUCAUUUCCGCAGACCUGGUCUCGCGGCCAUCGACCUAGCGGCCAGCAAACUGGUUGAUUUACAUCCAAGCCAAUCCCAGCCCAAGCCCAAAACUAAGGUGAUGCAGAAGCUUGGCUUGUCUCGGGGUCAUCACAAGCGUCACCCAGCAGAGCACGCCCAAAGCCUCACGGAUGUCGAAGACAACGAAGAAUCACCGACCAAGAAGAUUCAAGUUCUUCAGAGCGAAAUUAAUCGACUUCGCCAGGAACUUGAAAACGAGAAGACGAAAUCCGCCCAAAGAAACUCGAUCUGCUCAGCCCGUCCCAAGGUCUACCAAACAGCAAACGCAACAGUGGAAUGA